CGGGGCUCGGGGAGGGGGUGGGCGGAGAGACAGCGGCGGCGGUUCCCGGGGCUCCCGCUGCUCCGGCAUCCCCGAUUCUCCUGGGCUCCCGCUUCUCCCACUAUCCCUGCUGCUCCCGGUAUCUCCGUUUCUCCCGCGUCUCCGCUUUUCCCGGUGGCUCCUGCUGCUCCCGGUAUCCCCGCUUCUCCCAGGAUCCCCGGUUCCCGGUAUCCCCGGUGCUCCCCGUGCUCCCAGGCCCCCGGGGGCUCCUGCUUCUCCCGGGGUCCCGUUUAUCCCGGUUUCCCUGUUCCCCGUAUCCCCGCUUCUCCCGGAUCCCGGUGGCUCCUGCUGCUCCCGGGGUCCCGUUUAUCCCGGGUUCCCUGUUCCCCGUAUCUCCGCUUCUCUCGGCUCCGGGUGGCUCCUGCUGCUCCCAGGGUCCCCGCUUCUCCCGGUGCUCCCCCUUCUCCCGGGGUCCCCGGUAUCCCCGCUGUUCCCGGUAUCCCCGCUGCUCCCGGUAUCCCCGGGCUCGGGAUCCCCCCCGGAUUCACACCGGCUGCGGGAGGCGCCGCUCGGCGGACGGGGAGGACUCGGAACCGGCAGGCGUUGAGCUCCCCCCACUCCCCCCAAAAAAGCUCAUUUUCGCCGCUUUCUGCUGGCUGACGAGCCCAGGGUGCCACCAGACAGGAGCCAGAGAUGACUAAGGAAGAAGAUCUACCAGACUGGAACUCAUCCAAGGAGUUUUAUGAAAAAUAUGAGCCGAAAGAAGUCUUAGGCAGGGGGGUGAGCAGUGUUGUCCGUCGGUGCAUUCACAAAACCACUCGGCAGGAGUUUGCUGUGAAGAUUAUCGACAUCACAGCGGGUAACAUAUCCCCCAAGGAGGUGCAGGAACUGCGGGAAGCCACCGCCAAAGAGAUCGACAUCCUCCGGAAAGUCUCAGGCCACCCCAAUGUCAUUCAGCUGAAGGACAGCUAUGAAUCCAACACCUUCUUCUUCUUGGUGUUUGACCUGAUGAAGAGAGGGGAGCUCUUCGACUACCUCACUGAGAAAGUCACCUUAAGUGAGAAGGAAACCAGGAAGAUCAUGCGGGCGCUACUGGAAGUGAUCCAGUACCUCCACUCCAUCAACAUUGUCCACCGGGACCUGAAACCGGAAAACAUCCUUCUGGAUGAUGACAUGAACAUUAAGCUGACAGAUUUUGGCUUCUCCUGCCAGCUGCACGAGAAUGAGAAACUCAAAGAGAUCUGUGGCACACCUGGUUACCUGGCCCCCGAAAUCCUGCAGUGCUCCAUGGACGAUGAGCACGAAGGCUACGGGAAGGAGGUUGAUAUGUGGAGCACCGGUGUGAUCAUGUACACCUUGCUGGCCGGCUCGCCUCCCUUCUGGCAUCGCAAGCAGAUGCUGAUGCUGCGGAUGAUCAUGAAUGGGGACUACCAGUUUGGCUCCCCGGAGUGGGACGACCGCUCAGACACCGUCAAGGACUUGAUCUCCAGGUUCCUGGUGGUGGACCCGCAGCAACGGUACACAGCUGGUGAGGCGCUGGCCCACCCCUUCUUCCAGCAGUAUGACGUGGAGGAGGUCCGGCACUUCAGCCCCUUCCGGAAAUUCAGGGUGAUCGGCUUAACCGUCCUGGCGUCGGUCCGUAUCUACUACCAGUACCGUCUGGUCAAGUCGGUCACCAGGGAGCUGGUGGUGCGGGACCCGUACGCGCUGAAGCCCGUCCGCAAGCUGAUCGACGCCUGCGCCUUCAGGACCUACAGGCACUGGGUGAAGAAGGGGGAGGCGCAGAACAGAGCUGCUCUCUUUGAGAACACCUGCAAGGCCAUUUUGCUGACCUUGGCAGCCGAGGAAGGGUUGUUUUGAUGGCCGAUGAGUUUGCUCAGAGUUAAGGCGAGUAAAGUUUUUGAACACCGACUGGUGAUUUCUUUUGCUUUUCCUUAGAGAUAUGGCUCCCUCAGGUCAGGUAAAUGCAAACCCAGCAGACAACUGUGAUUUGUCCCCAGGGUGUGUUCUGCUCUAAGGGAUGGGUUUGGAGAAGCUGCUUCUAAUAGAGCCGUAACCAACUGCAGCUCCAAGUGCGCUUGGAGCCACAAAGCUGCUUGGGAAGAGGCUCAGCUCAGCCCUGGAGCAGGACGUUUUGGGGCAAUCGCUGGUGGCGGAGGGAUGAGCAAUACCCAAAGGGGUGUCCUCACCCUCUGCAUGCUCUCCGGGCUCCUGGUCCUGUCAGGUUUGGUGGUAUCGCUCCUGCAUGGCUGGUUUGUAGCUUUUAUGCUGGUUAUAACACCUGGGAGAGUUGGGUCACUGGUUUGUGCGUCUGUGCACUUAGGAAUGAGCACGCGUGUCAUUUUGUCACUGUUUAAGGGACAAUAAAGUUGCCUUAUUUUACUUUUG